AUGUCAAAUGCAACUCCAUCUCAGACCAACAUCACUGUUGGACUGCAGUACCGGAGACUACUGGAAAUUGUGUUGUUUUCUGCUCCAAUUACAGUGGCAUGCUGUGUGUUUCUCUUCAUUAAUGGGAUCAUGCUUUUCACCUUGAGGAGUAAGUCUGUGUUUAGGGAGACCUCCCGUUAUAUUCUUCUGUAUAAUCUACUUUUUGCAGACACUGUGCAGAUGGCACUAAGCCAGUUACUGUAUCUACUGUCUGCUUGUAGAAUAUGGCUGACCUAUCCUGUAUGUGGUUUUCUCGCCAUGCUCGCUGAUCUCACAAAUGAAGUGUCUCCUCUCACGCUGAUGGUGAUGUCUCUGGAGAGAUAUGUAGCUGUGUGCUACCCACUGAGGCACGCUACCAUCAUCACCAUCAGAAACACAGGUGUGGCUAUUGUUGUAGUUUGGGCGUUCAGUUCACUAAAUGUUCUCAUACAAGUUAUUUUGCUGUUAGAUUUUCCAUUUGAAGAACUGGAGAGCCUGCAGAUGAAAGACUAUUGCUCUGACGUAGCCAUGUUUCUUGGCCCAAUGUCUGAUCAUUAUAACAAAGCCUUCACUUGUUUUCUGUUUGUAUCAGCUGGUGUGACAGUAACUUGUUCCUAUAUUGGUGUGAUGAUAGCAGCCAGGUCAGCCUCCACAGACAAAGCUUCAGCCCAUAAAGCUCGUAAAACACUGCUGCUGCACCUGGUUCAGCUGGGCCUCAGUCUUUCCUCUACUGUACAUGACCCAUUGGUUAUUGCCAUGUCAAAAUUCCUAGACAGAGUAGCAAUUUCACGCAUCCAGAGUAUUCUUUAUGUAUGUAUUAUCCUUCUCCCAAGAUGUCUGAGUGCUCUAAUCUAUGGCAUCAGAGACCAGACCAUCAGACCCAUCCUCAUUUACCAUCUAUGCUGUCGAUUGAAACUGCCAAGGCUGGGGUCUCAACCUACAUGA